AUGGUAUCGGUGGAAACGACAGAAAAGGGUCCAGAUUUCGAGCAACCUAUCAGGAGUCUUGCAGAUCAACCCACAAUACCCCUGCAAACCUCGAAACAACUACAACCGUCGGAGUGUAGUAGCGUUUGUAUCCCCGUUGGUCCCGUCACAUGCACACCAACCCAACCUCCAGAUGUGAUUGAAUCACCCACGGCAACUUCUACUAUCGAAGACCUGCGAACACGACAAACGCAGAAUAAUGCAGAAGAGAUGGAUAGUUGUGCGAAGCUGAUUACACUCGAUCGUGAGCGAUCGCGGAGGGACAAUCCGACAACGACGAGCAAUACUACGAGAACGCAGCUAUUGUACAUCGACACUGAUACAAUACAAGCCGAGCAGAAUUCUAGUUUACGGCUCGGACUUGGGGGACUUCGGCUGUUCUACGACGAAGUGAAGAUUAAUCUCGUUCGGUGUAAACAAAUCGGGCACAAAGACGGCUACUGCGCGUUCGCGAGGCCGUCCGGGAAACCGCAGCGUUCCAGCGUGAAGGAGGUCUCGAGCGACCAGACCAGCGCCCGUCGCAGAAGGAAGUUUGUCAGCAUCCUGAUCAACGGUAAGCCGAUCAAGCUCCAAAUCGACACGGCCUCGGACAUCACGGUGAUCAGCCGCGAUAAUUGGUUGGCUCUUGGAUCUCCCGCAACUCGCCCGACAAGUCACGAAGCUACUAGCGCGUCUGGUGGCCACGUCAAGCUGGAGGCAGAGUUCGAGUGCAGCGUGACGCUGCAGGAUUCCUGCCGCUCAACCGUCUGCUACGUCGCACCCAACAGCAACCUGAACCUGCUCGGGUUGGACCUGAUCGACGCUUUCGACUUGUGGUCUGUCCCGCUAUCGUCGGUGUGCAACCGGGUGACUGUCGCGGACGGCGUUCUGGAUCAAGUUCACCAGCUGCAGCGCAAGUUUCCGGAGGUCUUCUUGGACACUCUGGGCCUCUGCACGAAAACGAAGGUGAAGCUGUUUCUGAAGCCGAAUCAACAGCCCGUGUACGUGCCGCGCCGGCCAGUCGCGCAGACCGCCUACGAACCGCUGCAGGACGAGCUGAAGCGUUUGGAGAACCUGGGGAUCAUCUCGUUCGUCGAGCACUCCGACUGGGCCGCGCCGAUUGUGGCUGUACGGAAGGCGAACGGCAGCAUCCGGAUCUGUGGAGAUUACUCCACCGGGCUCAACAACGCGCUCCAGCCGAACGAUUACCCGCUGCCAGUGCCGGACGACAUCUUCGCAUCCCUUGCUGGAAUGCGCCAUUUCAGCAUAAUUGAUCUCUCCAACGCCUACUUACAGAUCGAAAUGGACGAAGAUUCGAAGAACCUCCUCACGGUCAACACGCACCGGGGGCUCUUCAAGUUCAACCGUUUGGCACCGGGCGUGCGUCCAGCCACGGGCGCUUUCCAGAAGAUCAUGGACUCCAUGACCGCUGGCCUGACCGGAGUUCGCGUCUAUUUGGACGACAUUCUGGUUGGCGGGGCCACUGAGGAAGAGCAUCUACACAACCUGCACGCGGUGCUCGAGCGCAUCCGCGACUACGGUUUCCACCUCCAGCUCUCCAAGUGUCGUUUCUUCAUGGACGAGAUCAAGUACCUGGGCCACGUGGUCAACAGUUCAGGUAUCCGCCCCGAUCCGGCCAAGCUCCAAGCGAUCUCCACGAUGCCGCCUCCGAAGAACGUUCCAGAGCUGCGCUCGUACCUCGGCGCAGUGAACUACUACGCCAAGUUCGUUUCGGAGAUGCACCGUUUGCGCCAUCCGAUGGACCAGCUGCUCAAGGCCAACGCACAGUGGAACUGGACCAAGGAUUGCCAACGCGCGUUUGAGGAAUUCAAGCGCCUCCUGUCGUCAGAUCUCCUGUUGACGCACUUCGAUCCUCGCCACGAGAUCAUCGUUGCUGCCGACGCGUCCAACACCGGAAUCGGUGCCUGCCUGAUGCAUCGCCUGCCAACAGGAGCCAUCAAGGUCGUGCAGCAUCGUAGCCGUUCGCUCACCCCCGCCGAGAAGAACUACGGACAGAUCGAGAAGGAAGGUCUCGCACUCGUGUUCGGUGUCAUGAAGUUCCACUCCAUGAUCUAUGGCAGACACUUUACCCUGCAGACCGAUCACAAGCCCCUUCUCUCAAUCUUCGGCUCGCACAAGGGCAUCCCAGUUCACUCGGCGAACCGACUGCAGCGUUGGGCCAUCAUACUGCUCACCUACGACUUCCGUAUCGAGUACAUCGCUACGGAUCAGUUUGGCUAUGCGGACGUGCUCUCCCGUCUCAUUAGCCAGCACAGCAGAGAAGACGACUGA